AUGGUACUCGGCCUGCUCUCACUAGCAACGGCCGUCCCACUUUUAGCCACCUCUACCAUUCAAAUUCAAGACAGUGCGCAAAAGCAUCAGCAGCAAGGAGAGAGCGGUCCAGCAAGCGGAGAUGCCAGCGGCGAUUCCAGUUGGAAGACUCAAACAUGCCAUCUCACGGUCAGGUGUACAGAGCGCAUGAGUGAUGCACGGAAGAAGGCACUGAACGGUUGUAACAUCGUUCUGCGCGACGGUGGUCUUUUCGCCUCAAGCCCAAACACGCGAGUCCACAGUGGUCAUCCCUUCACGGGCUAUCUCCUACCUUUCCCGAAUUCCAGCUAUCUUGGCUUGGUGUCGACCAUCUCGAAAGACCCGCCAAUGCUCAAUUGGAUUUAUAUAGAUCGCGAGACGUACGAGGUGAAAUAUGGAGUCCGGAAAGUGUCAGAAACGCAGGUCACAGGGCCCUUCGACUAUAAAACAGGGGUUGUCUCGAUGACUAUCACCCCUUCUAAAGGGGAAGUUGAAAGAAAUGAAGAAGGUGAGAAAAGACUGAAGCUCAACAACCGUGAAGGUUUUGUUGCAGUCGAAGAGGAGGAGGAUGUGUGGAAAUUAUAUUUUGACGUCGAUAAUGAUGGCUUGAAAGGGGUCAAAGCUGGUAACAGUGGCAAAAGAAAUGCGGAGAUUGAUCUCAUAAGAGUUCUCGCAGACGAAGAAACAAAGCCACUCUAG